CUUGUGUGUGCUCUCUCUGACAAAUAAAAAAGUCUUUGGAAAAAAAAAGAUUCGGCAGCGGCCACUGUGCCGACCGGACUUUGCUUGCUCAUGCACCUUGCUCUGCUUCCUCUGCAACCAUGUCUGACAAACCCUACAUGGCUGAGAUUGAGAAAUUCGAUAAGUCGAAAUUGAAGAAGACAGAAACGCAAGAGAAAAAUCCACUACCUUCAAAAGAAACGAUUGAACGGAAGCAAGCAGGCAAAUCACAAUGAGGCAUGUGCCGCCAAUAUGCACUGUACAUUCCACAAGCAUUGCCUUCUUUACUUCUUUUAGCUGUUUAACUUUGUAAGACGCACAGAGGUUGGAUCAAGUUUAAAUGACUGUGCUGCCCCUUUUCACAUCAAAGAACUACUGACAACGAAGGCGCCUGCCUCUCCCAUCAGCCUGUCUGGCUGGCAGGGAAGGAAAAGAACUUGCAUGUUGGUGAAGGAAGAAGCUGGGAGGGACGACUGUGAAAUCUAGAGUAAAAAUCAUGCUGGUCCAAGGUGUCCUGCAGGCUGUAAAAUGCAGUUUAAUCAGAAUGCCAUUAGUUUGUUCAAAUGAUUUUAAUUAUUGGAAUGCACAAUUUUUUAAAUAUGCAAUAAAAAGUUUUAAAAC